AGUGCCAUCUGCUGAGAACUGAGGUACUUGUGCAGCCCAAACACAGACCAUCACAUCUCACCUACAAAGGAAUGAGAAAACUCUUAGGAUUUGGUAAUUUACAACCAGGCCUCAAAUAACAGCACUCUGCUGAAACAGGUUUUCAGUAGGAGCAGCAACGAAUAGACUCAAUGUUUCACCAAAAGGGGACCAUUUGAGUCUGUGUGCUUGGGUAUCCGCCAGAGGCCUGAUGAAGUCUAUCUCCAGGCUGAGCAGGCUCCUGACUUGGCAUACAUACAACUGCAACUAGACCUAAAGUUGUACCUUUUGGCAUCUGUAGCUCAGUUACACAGAGAGCUCUUGAACAGACUCAAAAGGAGCUCAAUAUACAGGGUCUGUUGUUCCAUGCCGGUACUGCUCCAGCUGCCUACAGAGCUGUGACCACCUCCUCUUGGCACAGGAAGAUCUUGAGGUCCCCAAGGAAUCUGGGCUCUUAAUCAAAUAGAAACUGUCCUGGAAGGAAAUUUCACUACUGAAGAAGGCACUUUUCUUUCUGAAGAGCUUCACUGACCCCUUGUUGUCUCCACCACCAUCUUAACACUCACAGUCCUCUACACACUUAUGCCCUGUGGUGGCACAAAGAGAGAACACAUAGGCCUCACGUAGGCCUUGGUUCCUGUCCUGAGCUACCAGUGGGAGAUGUUUCCUCAUGAAUCCAAUUCAACACAAGGCCGUGCCAGCACUUGUCCUAGUUGGACUUUUAUUAAAGUCACUCUCUCUAUAGGUUAUCCAGCACAUUUGGUCCUUUUCCCAUUUGCUGUUUCUUAGGCCUAGAUUCCAUCAGGGUAAAUUGUCCUGAGAAAGGAGAAGUGUGAAGCAGGCAGUCUGAUAUUGUCUCAUUUUCUGCUUUGUCUCUUGGGCAUUGGCCCAAUAAACUGCCAUGGAGACUGGCAAAUAAAGCUGACUUCCCCAAGACAGUCUUUAAGGCAGAAGCACAGCAUAGCAGCUUCACACAGCUUUGUAAUUUCUUGUGACAGCCACACAAAAGAAAGCUCCUUAGUGAUGCGAGUGAGAAGAGACUGUAUGAUUUUGCAUGAAUCAAGGGGCAAAAAAGCAUUUCACAAAGUCCUCUCACAUCGAGCUCUGCAGCUCCCAGACCAUCCAGGAACAUGGGGACACUGAGCUCCUGGUGUCCUCUUUUUCCUCCGCACGCUGACCAUUAAGGGACAUGGGAACUCAUGGCACGGUGCUUGUCACACUAUGGCAAAGAAGAAUUAGGACCAUACAAUAUCAUGCUCUCUAGUUUGGCCACUCAGGCCUUAACCAUGUCACUGUAUUUGAUUGCAGUAUAUUCUACUGAAUCACUGUGAUAAACUGGCUAAUGAUUAAGUGCUGAUUAACUGCUACUAACAUUAUGGCUUACUAUGAAUAACCUGCGAAUUGCUGUUAAAACUCAGGUUGUAUACAAUCAUUCUGACACACGUCUGUGUCCUCAUGCUGUACCUCUUGGAACACCAGUGGAGAACAUCAGGAGGCUUCCAAGAGAGUGUUCCUUCUUUCUUCAUUGACCCUACAGAAGGACUGGGUUCCCUGCUUAAGUGCUAAACCAGCCCCUGCUAAAGGUCAAUGAAGUUCCUUCCCUAGGACUUGCUGCUGCCUCUUGAUAUGACACCCAGUGCUCCUGGAAGUGCCAUGAUAUUGGUGCUGAAAGUCACACCUCUUCUUCACAGUGUUUGUGUCUAUGUGUCCCACACAUUUGCUGACCCAAAGGCAGGUGAAGAUACUGCUGUCAAACACACUCAUUUUUCUUUUCUUGCCUGACCGCAGUGUUGAAGCCCUUUUCUCAGUGCGGGGCCUUUAGCAAUGCUCUAACCUGGGAGUUAUAUUUGCAGUGAGCUGUGCUGUCACUUAUCCUGGAGAAGUUCUGUGCAUGAAAUCCACUUUCCUCUUGCACAGAACAAGUGCUUUCCAUAAAGCAGUGCCACGCACACAGAAGCUGGAGGUAGCAAACUGUCACCUGCUGACAGAAGGCAAGAACUCACAAAUAGACCUCUACCAUGAGAGAAAUAGCAGCGAGCCAGCACUUAGGAUGUGCAAAACAGCUCCAUCAAUUGCAUUCGUAGGAAGGGGGGAAACUGCACGAAGAAUGGACUGAGUGCUUCAUAUUCACUACUGAUUUUAGGAUAUACAAAUAUAUUUAUUUUAAUAAGAGCUUUAGUGAAGGGAUCACUGUUUCCCCUCUGGCAGAGGCAUAGCUGAGCUGGGCCCUUUGUUUCCCCCUGCUGCGUGGUGGAGCUGCCCGAGUGGGCUGUGGCUGUUGUGAGAGUGGGAAACAAGGGGGGGUUCAGCUGUGACGCCUGUGCUCCUGCAUCCCACAUCCCUCACCCUUCAUCCUGCAUCCCACCUCCUUCACGCUGGCAAGAGGUGUGUGAAUGAGAGACUGGGAGGAAUAAAAGCAUCAUCCCAGAGCGGGCUCUCUCCCUUUGGGCUCCUGCUGAAGGCUGGAUUUCGUGGUCUCACAGCCCUUAUCUCCCACGUGUGCUGUUGAAGUGCUUCAGAUCCUGCAGCGCUCUCAGACAGCCCAAAAGGUGCUACACAAUGCCAGCCGGCCUGGAGAAAGCUUGUCACCGCUGCAUAUCCAAAAUUGCCAGCAAUGCAUGCUUUAUAUUUGGGCUCCUUGCUUUCCUUGCCUUACCGCUGUCCAUGACUUUUACAGGAAUGAAGUUUUUGGAAGAUUGCCCAGUUCAGCCACUAAUUCCAUUAUAUCUGUUGGUGGGUGGCGUGAUUGGCAGCUUAAAGGUGACUCUGCUGCUGUACGACUCAACCAGGAUGAGACAACUGCUUUCCAAGUCUGUUGUGAUCGAUGACGAUGAUGACGACGAAUACCCAUGGAGGCAGAACGCCCACAAGUACUACAUUCAUCUAACCCUCAGCCUCUUCCUCUUCCUCUGGUUCAUUCUUGGAAACUACUGGGUGUUUUCAGUGUACCUGCCAAAUUUCAUCCCACCUUUCCACCAGCCUCAGGAUUACUGUGACAAAACCCUGUACAUUUUUGCUGUUGGUGUUCUCGUUAUUAGCCACACUGUUCUCUUCCUCCUCAUCUUUUGUAGCUGUUGCAUAUAUUUUUUUUCCAGGCAAAGAUACUCUUCAGAGGAAGAUUAAAUGCCACAUAAAUAAAGCUCCAGAUGUUUAGGAAAGGGUGUGCAAAGGAAAGGCAAUAACUCACCCUUAUGUGUAUCUUUGUUGUACUAUAUAAAUGUAUGUUAGCAGUCAACCGCAAGAGGAAAUUGUAAAUCACGUUCCAGUGCCAUUUGGAAAUAGCUAAACUAGAAUACAGCUUACUCAAUGUGAAACUGCUGCUACAGAUGCCAGGGUGCAGUCUUGCUAAUUUCUAUAACCCUUUUUUAACUCCUGGAUUUUCUACUUGGAGUGCUAAAUUCUUUAGUAAGUUCUUGAACAUGACAAACUCCUCUAAAACCAGGUUCCUUAUGUUGUUUCUGCAUAGUACAUAUUUGCCUGUAAAAGUAGCCAUGUUAUCCCCUUUACUGGGACCUGAACACCUCCAUAGCCUUGCUGAGGUAUGUUACUGUCCCCGCAUUAAAGAUGCAGGAGUUGAGGCAACAAAAGAUAAAGGGCUGCAUUCAGACCACUUUGACUUUAGACUUUGACAGUGACUUAGAUGCUCAUCAGAAAGCUACCCAGGCCACUGCUAGACCAGCCAGUUAAGUAUCUGGGAUAGCAGUAUGAGUAUGUAUAAGAGGAGAUUGAAAAUGGCCCCAAGAUCUCUCCUGAACUUAGACUAGAAAGUGUCCAUAUCUACCUUUGGUGCUAAGACACUUUCCACAUAUCCAAUGUAUCCAAACUGAGCCAAGGCCACCAGGAGAUGAGCUACGGAGCAACAGAUCCAGUUCUUUAACCAGGACUCAGCAGUUCCCAGCCUGGGGAGACUCAUUUCUCCACUUUUUAUAUAACAUUACAUUGUCGGUACCUCACCAAGAUGCUUGUCAAACCACGGUGAUUAAGUUCACAUUGAAAUGGAUGAGGCUAUGUUGGUAUUUUAAAUACAGAAUGAGGCAAUAAGACAUGAGCAAGAAUGUGAGAAUCUCAGGUGGAUGUGCUUACUGCAGCAGUUCUGUGAGGGUGGUGUGAAUGUACACCUGAUUUGUUCACCGUGGUGCUGUACUUAAGGAAAUCUAUACUUAAUGGAUAGAUGUAACAAAUACAGCUUUUAAGCCAACAGCAAUAUCAGCUUUAAAAGCAUCAGCAUGAACAGAGACAAUUGUUUUGUGACAUGUAAUGGAACGAGCCUGUACCUGGUCCUGGGAGGUUGUUUUUUAUGUGCUGAUGAAUGCGGUAUAAAACUGCUCUUUCUGCUUUUUCUUUUA